AUGCAACUCUCCCUCCUGGUCAUCUCCUGCCUCCAGGCCCUAGCACUGGCCCACCCUUCUGCCCUAGCCGAUGAGUACGACCUCAUUCUGCCUCGGAAGAACCACAAUGGCACCAACGUCACGGACCACGCCGCCGACCAGGACGUCCCCGAGUUCAAGGUGGCAUGUGUCUGCCCGACGCCAGUCUGCGACCCGCGGAUGAAUGCGAAGAGUAUCUGCCAGUGCAAGGCUUCUGCCGCACAGGCCUGCUUCAUCAAAUCCCAAGGGGGCUGCCCAGCGCCUAGGGCUAAUGCCCACCUGCUCGAACCUCGGUCGCCGAACAGGAGGGUGGUACAGAGCCGAGUUGCAGAAUAUGUGAAGUCGACGAGCUUCGAUCUGAUGACGCGAGUACCCAGGACUGGAAAGUGGUAA